AUGCCGGCGAACUACCUAGUGAAGUAUGCCGUUGUGGUAGGUGUUCUGUCUUGUGUCGCCUUGGUACUCGCUCGCCCCGGUUUCAACGAUGCCGUUGUGUUCCCUAAAGAUGAAGAACCGCCGCAUUCACUGCCGGUGUUUUUACCUACUGGUGGAUCGGGCAAACCUAAAGCUCCCGGAGUUCCGAUGGAGUCGAGUGCCGCUUCAAAUACCGGCUCGCAAACGGUGAUCGGACCGGAUGGAAGCGUACAGCAGCAAACGGCCGGCGGUAGUCAGAGCGCCAACCUUGCCGCCGACGGUAGCAAGGGCCAGCUGAGUGCGACCAACACGCAGCAGCAGUCGUUCCAGUCCGGCGACAAGUUCCAGAGCCAAAAUCAAGCGCAAGGCCAAUCGGCGUCAUUCGAUAAGGACCAUCAGGCGCUGUCGAACGCCAACACCAACACGAACACGGUCCGCGAUGGACAGAACGUGCGCGAACAGACAUCCGGUGGGGCCGCCUCUUCGCUGCAGACGGCGCAGGGUAGCCAGGCGAGUCAGGCGCAGACAAACAGUGAAUCGUUCAAGGAGGGCGGAAAGCAGGGAGACCGAUCGACCGGAUCGGCUCAAAGCCAGAACAUUGGAAAGGAUGGGUCCGUAUCGGCUUCGAACGCCAACACCGGCUCGGAGCGGGUCGUACUUGCCGAUGGCACGGUGGUAACCAAGUCGACCAGCUCUUCGUCCUCGUUCCAGGUCAGCGGAAAUACAAAAGCAUCCUCACAGUCGUUUUCGUCUUCGUUCGGUGGAUAA